AUGUAUAAGAAUUUAUUGAUUACAUGGUUUCAUCACGUAAAGGUACAGACAGCGUUGAAUCAAAUAAAUGCUGCUAUCCCUGAUUCUAAACAAAUUGAUUAUUUACUUGCCAGCAUGCCAGCUGUUGAAGGUGGUUUUGAUUACAAUUCAUUUGCUGAAAAUUAUUAA